AUGCCUGUCCGCGCCUGCGUGGCAGUGGACGUGCGAUUGGAGAUAUCUCCGGGCAACAGCCGGAUCCUGGCGGCCGCGGUGGACGUUCGGGCGCCGGUGGACGUCGUGUGGGAGUGCCUAACGGACUACGAGCGCCUGCACGAAUUCAUUCCGGGCCUGGUGGUAAACGAAUGCUUGGAGCGGCGCGAGAAGGGUGCCCUCCUGAAGCAGGUGGGUGAGCAGGAUGUUGCAAUGGGCCUCAAAUUCUGUGCGCGUGCUGUGCUGGAGGUUGCAGAGCACCUCACUGGGCUGGCUGACAACUUGUGCUGGGAGCUCAGUGGCCCGAAUGCACUGGAACCCACCUCCUGCACAAUGUGGGACGAGAGCCUGGGCUUGUACCCCUGCGCACAUGGAAUUGAGCAUGGGAGACGCCCCCGAGACAUCAGCUUCAACAUGGUGGACGGAGACUUUCAGGAUUUCAGGGGCCUCUGGAGGAUGCAGGGCGAUGAAGAAGAUCCUGACCACACCCGCCUAUCGUACAGCGUCUUUGUGCGGCCCCAAAAGUGGCUGCCGGUGGCCCUUAUCGAGCGCCGGAUCGUGAGGGAGUCCCGCAAGAAUCUUGUUGCCGUUGGAAAGCAUGCACAGAAUUUGUCGGCUGCAAGGAGUGAGUUCAUGAGCAGCAGCGGAGCUACAUCUUAG